UGUAAACUGUCAGACCAUCUCUAGCGUAAGCGGCGGGAACGUUAGGAAAAUUUUGUGUUCCACUAGUAGAGGCAAAGCGGCUUUAAAAUCUUCGAAAGCUCUGAGAAAUUUUCUCGAUUCGAUUGUUUUCGCCGUAACGUUGAGGAAUAAUAUUCUAACUUUCUCGCAAUCAUGUCUGAAACUAACGGAUAUAUGAACGGCAUGACAAAUGGCAACAGCGAGCCUGUGGGUCAGCAUUGGACAGUUGGCCUUUUGAAUUCCCAGUGCCGCUAUCUGACGGCUGAGACUUUUGGUUACAAGGUCAAUGCAAACGGAGUUGGACUGAAGAAGAAACAACUUUGGACUCUGGAACCGUUUGGAGACGAUGAUUCCGUGUGUCUCAGAAGCCACUUGGAUCGCUACCUGAGUGUCGACCACUUUGGCAACGUGACUUGCGAGAGUGAGGAUAAAACAGAAGGAGCUAAGUUUUAUGUGGCUGUGGCCAAUGAUGGAACCGGGCGCUGGGCCCUUAGAAAUGCAGUCAGAGGAUAUUUCUUGGGAGCAGCCAACGAUAAACUCUUAUGCUCCGCAAAGGUUCCUGGCCCUUCUGAACUAUGGACUGUCCACUUGGCAGCUCGACCUCAGGUGAACAUCCGAAGUGUGGGUCGCAGGCGCUAUGCACGUCUUUCUACCGACCAUGAAGAAAUCCACGUGGACGCUAACACUCCUUGGGGAGAAGAUACUCUUUUCACUCUUGAGUUCCAUGAUGGACGUUAUGCCAUUCAUACCUGCAAUGAUAAGUACCUUCGUCACGAUGGCAGGCUCUCUGACACUCUGGUUCCUGAAACCUUAUUCACGCUGGAGUUCCAUGCAGGAUAUCUAGCCCUGAGAGACUCUGUAGGUCGAUAUAUAGCUCCUUUAGGCAGCCGCGCUGUCCUUAAGACAAGAUCUCAAACUGUCACCAAAGAUGAAUUGUUUUUCCUGGAGGAUUCUGUUCCACAAGCCGCUUUUGUUGCCUUUAACGGAAAAUAUGUUUCUGUAAAACAAGGUGUGGAUGUGACUGCUAAUCAGGACGAAAUAUCAGACCAUGAGAUUUUCCAGUUGGAGUUCGACAGCGCUAGUAAGCGAUGGUGCAUCCGUACUAUGCAAGAUAAAUACUGGAGCCUACAAAGCAGCUCGGGAAUCCAGGCUAAUGCUGACAAAGGUUCAGCAAAUAGUCUCUUCAGCCUGGAAUGGCAAGAAGACGGUAGCGUCAGCUUCGUGGCCAACAACGGGAAAUACGUAGUUGCAAAGAAGAGCGGCCACCUUUAUGCUAAUGGAGAACAAGGAGUUCAAGAUGAGGCCCGCUUCUAUUUUUACCUCAUCAACAGACCAAGUCUUGUCUUGAAGUGCGAACAAGGGUUCGUGGGCUACAAGAGUCUCUCUAAUCCUAAACUUGAGUGCAACAAAGCGGCGUACGAAACCAUAACUGUCGAGAGGGACGAGAAAGGUCUAUGCUUCUUUAAAGGUAACUGGUUUUUAAUAAAAGGAUUAUUUAAGC